AUGGUAUCGCGAAAGCGCAACCACUCGGAGGCGGGCGUUGCGCCGAAGCAGCCGCCGGAGGAGCCUGGAUUGCUCCAUCGCCUGCGGAAUAGCUGGGAGUUUGCCAAUUUGAUGCAAUAUAUUUCCAUGUUCGGGAAGCUUAUGAAGAUUGACGAGAAUUUCGGGAUUGAGGACUUGGAGACCGAAUGUCUGAAACCUACCCCAUCGGAGAAAUUGCUGGAGAUUGGCCUUUGUCUUCUCAAAUGGAUAUCGUCGCAUCGAGGUCUUACAUUCGACAAUUUCGACGAGUAUACGCGACGCCAGUAUAAUGCCAAAGCCCCUCACCUACCGAACCCCUUUGGGCACGAUGAAGUGCCCAAUCGAUUUCUGGACUUCGAUGUCUUCUUGAAACUCCGUGUUCUACACCAGCUGUCCGUCUGGACGUUUUGGAACCCCGACCGUAUCCGAGAGAAGAUGCCGGAGCAAAGGGAGACCGAUCAGACUAUUUGGCGUAUCGAAGAACUAGGCUACGAUAGUGAAGACCGUUAUUAUUAUGUUCUGGAUGAUAACCGGCUUUACCGUCUUACCUUUCCGCCGAUCCCUCCUCCGAAGUCGCAACCAAAGUCCAGAAGCAGAAACGCACGAGCCAUGAGAGUCUCCAAACGAAGACGGGUUUCCGAAGCCGCUGGUGAAGAUUCGGAUGAAGCGAAUACAAAUGCCAGUGGCGAUCUGGCGAAAGAUCCGAUGCACGGGAUGAAAUGGGAAUGCAUCGCUGUGACGUUGGCAGAGUACCAGGGGUUCCUAGACACGAUCCAAAAGACGAGGGACCCCAACGAGAAAGUUCUCAGGGACCGUCUUAAUGAACAAGUUAUGCCCAUCAUCGAAAAGGAGGAAGAGGCCCAGCAACGGCAGAUUGCCAAGCGCGAAAAAGAGCUUCUCAACAUGGAAUUACUUGCCGGUGCAAAGAGGUCCAGCCGUCUCGCUGGAAAGAUGGAGAAAGAGCGACAAGAACGUGAAGCAGAGGAAGAGGCUUUACGGCGGCAGGCAGAACUAGCAGCGGCCCGCAAAGAAGAAGCCAAACAAAGAAAAAUGGAACAAGAAAGGGAGUCGCGGGUCAACCAACGGGAACAGCGCAUUAAAGAACGGGAGCGAAAACGCAUUGAGCAUGAAGAAGAAUUGGAAAGGAUCACUGCAGAGCAGGAGAAACUUGAACGUGGUGAGAGCAGAAUGUCGGAAAGAAACCUCAAGGCGGAACUGGAAAGACGACGAAAGAAUUUGGAGGACAUCUCGCAAGACGACCAAUGGAUCUUCGAUUGCUCAGGCUGCGGUGUCCAUGGAGAGAAUUUGGAUGACGGUUCGCAUAGUGUCGCAUGCGAGAGAUGCAACGUGUGGCAGCACAGCAAAUGUCUUGGUAUCGGGCAAGAUGAAGCGGAACAAGAAGACUUCCAUUUUAUCUGUCGAGAAUGCAAGCGUCAGGAGGAGGAAGUGAAACUACCAAAGCUUCCACUUCUGAAGUUCCGUGUCGAUUCUGCUUCGAAUUCUCCAUCAGCGGAAGCGCAACACCAGCACCAGCCCCAGGAGCAAGAUCUGCCCUUUUCUAAGAAGCCCCAAGGUCCUGGCUUUACUAAUAUUCGAAAUGGCUCUCCCGCCAAACUGUCUGCAGUGCCACCAUCACUAUCAGCAAUCACGGCUCAGCUUUCAUCACCGGAGCGUCGUCGAUCGCAGCCAGUGCCUCGGUUUUCUCCAUCGAAAAGUGCAAAUGGCUUUGGUGUGUUCUCGAAAAAUCCGGUACCAACGAAACCCUCUGGCCAACCUCCGUUGCCGCCAGUCCAGCAGUCUCUCUCUCGGCGACCGUCAACGUCAAACUCCGUGCAAAACCCAUUUUCAUCACCCGUCCAGAACCGACCGUCCAUGUCUCCAACUCAGGGAAAUCGCGACGUAGGCCCUCUGGCAGGGUUUCCGGCCGGCGCUCCUCCGAAUGAUGCACCUUGGACUCCUUAUGGACAGCAUCAGGCACCGCGCUCGGACGGUCCCACACGUGGAGCAUCCUCUUCAUUUCAAAGUAACCCCCCAUCCUUUUCCGCAGCAACGCCUAGCAACCCUCAAUCUUCCCCUCCACAAAGCUCUCACGGUGGCAUGUCCCUGUCAGGAAUCAGCCCGACGAAAAACUCGCCGCGACCGAUGACAUCGGGGAGUAUAACAGGGGCGCCGAUUCUCCCACCAAUCCAGAAGCUAGAACCGAGUCCAAAAUUGAUGGGGCGAAGCUCACCUGAUGCCCCAAUUCCCGCCCCUGUGAAGUGUAUGACGCCAGAGCAGGAGGAGCGGCGACAACAGGAGAAUUCUCUGAUGAUGCGCGGGCGGAAUCCUUCUCAGAGCCAGGGCCAGGGCCAGGGACCCUCGCUGAUGUCGUCCCCGUCGCUCAAUCGGAUCCCUCCCCUGGGACCGUCGGCUGUGGCACCUAAGUCUACAGCUGAAUCGAUGAAGCAGCAGAGUCCCACGAAGUAA